AUGCUGCCGCAAUGUCAAGGCCCUGUCUGGGCCAUUGACGACUUGUCUCGUUGCUUCCAACGCAACGUUCUUCAAGUGAUCCUUCCCCUCACAGCUUGCAGCGUCUCGGUGCUGCUAGUUCUCAUUCGCCUCGCCCAUCGAUAUGUGGUUUCCCGAAAAGGUGUUGUGUACAAGGUCCUCCCGAACAAUGACUCCGAAGAGCUUUCCAAUGGCCAGGAAAACGAAUGCGAUGCGAUGCUCUUCCAGGCUGCACAGCAGGAACAAAAUGAUUCCGAGGUCGAUCGCCCGCGUGGAGAAAUAGCUGUCGUCUUGGUCGAAAUCGCUGCGCUUAUUGGCCAAGUUGCAGUCUUCAUUGUGAUUUUGUCAUCUCAAGCCUGGGGUCGCAAUGGAACUCUUCCCGCCGUUGCGGGUUUGAUAUCGUGGGGUUAUGUCAUGUUCUUGGUGCUGGUUCGAUUCCUUCUAUCGACAUUGGAUAUUUCCUCCGCCCCGAGACUAUGGAAUCACACGGCUAUCCUAUACAGCUUCCAGUGGCUCUUCAACGUCAUGGUCUUCCGAUCCGCCAUUAUCCACCCCUUGUCUCAGCGCGCCCUGGUUCUGAGCAGCGUUCAGUUCUCGUUGAGCACAUUGCUCCUUCUCAUCGCACUCACCACUCGCCGAGGCAACAAGCCAGUUUUGGUUGAGCGUGAAGAUGGAUUGGAACCUCCGAGACACCCCAUGGCGAGUCUAUUGUCGCUCGCAACAUUUUCCUGGCUCGAUCCGCUUGUCUUGAAGGGCUACCGUCAACCCCUGGAACUUGAGGACGUCUGGAACUUGACCCCGUCCCAAAAGGCCGCCAACGUUCUCAGUGACUUCCGCAAGCGCCAUAUGAAGGGUUCUCUGGCGUGGAAGCUUAUUCGCUUCUUUGCCGGGACAAUUUUGAAGCAGGGUGCUUGGACCGUCUUCGCCAACCUAUUCGUCUUCAUGCCCAGCCUACUUCUCAAGGCUAUUCUUGAGUAUGUCGAGGACCCUCGUUCCACCACGCCUAAUGCAGCUUGGUUGUACGCCAUUCUACUUUUCUGCUGUGCUACGGUCCAGGGUGUGGCUGAUGGACAAGCCCUGUUCAUUGGUCGUAAGAUGGGUGUAAAAAUCCGUGCGAUCAUUAUUGGUGAGAUUUAUGCCAAGGCCCUACGACGCAAAGCAGGUGCGUCGGUAGAAGCGGCCCGCAAGGCCGUGGAGGUACCUCUCGUCAAAGAUGCAAAGAAGAAGAAGCGUCUGUUUCCUUUCGGUCGCAAGAAGAAGGCCGCGAAUGGCAAUGACACCGAAAAUGGAACUAAGCCUGCUGCCGAGGAGGACACCACCCAAGCUAAUGUCGGUACAAUCAUCAACUUGAUGGCGAUUGACUCCUUCAAGGUCAGCGAGGUUGGCGCUUAUCUUCACUUCUUGUGGGCUAGUGUGCCCGUGCAGAUCACCAUGGCCGUCGCCCUGCUUUACUACAUCAUGGGCUUUAGCUCUUUUGCUGGCAUUGCAAUCAUGGUUCUCAUGCUGCCUGUCAACCUCUUCAUCGCCCGCCAGUUCAACAAGGUGCAAAACCAGAUCCUGAAGGGCACCGAUGCCCGCAUUCAUUCUACGAAUGAAGUACUGCAGAACAUUCGCAUCAUCAAGUACUUUGCGUGGGAGCAGCGUUUCCAGGACAUUGUCAACGAGAAGCGCAAGACUGAAUUGAAGGCCCUCCGUAAACGAUACAUCCUUUGGUCUUCUGCCGCAACUGUCUGGUACGGCACACCGAUUCUCAUCACCUUCUUGUCUUUCUUAUUGUACACUGUUGUCGAGAAGAAGCAAUUGACUCCUUCCGUUGCCUUCCCUGCGUUGUCAAUGUUCUCCUUGCUCCGUGUCCCCCUGGACCAACUGGCGGAUAUGGUAGCCCACGUUCAGGAGUCAAAGGUUUCCUUGGACCGUGUGGACAAGUACCUCAACGAGGAGGAGACUGGCAAAUAUGAGCAGCUCCGUGAGAGUACCGUUGCAGGUACCCCGAUCCGGCUUGGCCUUGAAAAUGCCACUCUCACCUGGAGCACUUCAAAGCCCACGCCCCAAGAAGCUGGAUCCGCUGAUGGCCUGGACUCUUUCCGCUUGAUCAAUAUUGACGUCGAAUUCCUUGUUGGAAAGUUGAACAUCAUUGCCGGUCCCACUGGCUCUGGAAAGACGUCUCUGCUCAUGGCACUGCUUGGAGAAAUGAGACUCCUGGAUGGUCGUGUUCACCUCCCCGGUGGAAUGGCCAACAGAGCAGACCUCCCCGUUGACCCCGAAACUGGCCUGAUUGACAGUAUCGCAUACUGUGCCCAGGAAGCGUGGUUGGUCAACGAUACUGUGAAAGAAAACAUCAUCUUCGCCUCACCCUAUGAUGAGCGUCGCUACCGUGCCGUGCUCAAGGCCUGUGCCCUCGAGCGCGACCUUCAGAUCCUUGAUGCUGGUGAUCAGACCCUUGUCGGAGAAAAGGGUAUCAGUUUGUCUGGUGGCCAGAAGCAGAGAAUCUCUCUUGCCCGUGCCAUAUACAGCAGUGGCCGCCACUUGCUCCUGGACGACUGUCUCUCCGCUGUCGACUCUCAUACCGCCAAGCACAUCUUCCGCCAAGCUCUUACUGGUCCGCUGAUGCUGAACCGUACUUGCGUGUUGGUAACCCACAACGUUGCCCUGACCGUGCCCCAGUCCGACUAUGUCGUGGUGCUUGAGAACGGCAAGAUCUCCGCCCAGGGUCGCCCCGAUGAUGUCGCUGCUACUGGUGCCUUGGGUGAUGAAUUCCUCAAGUCUCGGCCUGCCUCCAGGGCUAGCUCCCGUGGCUUGUCUCGUGCGCCUUCAGACCAUGGAGGCGCGGAUGAUGAAUCCCCAGCCAACGGAACAGCGAAUGGAAACGCAAAGGAUGGAAAGGCCAAGCUAUCAGAGUCCAAGGCUACUGGUAGCAUCAAGUGGUCUACCGUCAGCAUGUACCUCCGCUCCAUGGGUCCGUGGUACUACUGGAUUGGAGCUGUCUUGGUGUUUUGCUUGCAGCAACUGGGCUCGGUUUCCACCAACAUUUGGAUUCGUCAAUGGGCAAACUCUUACCACACCUCCAAGGUUGGCACUGAGAACAAUGCCGGCCAUUACGCUGCUGCCGCCCACCUCAAGCCGCCCACCUUCAACGUUGGAAGCGUUGGUCGCGUCAGCAGCUGGAGUCUGCCGCAAUUUGGUACAAGCUCCACCAACGGGCCUGGUAACGAAGUCAAUGUGGCCUACUACCUCGGUGUAUAUGCGGUGCUUGGCUUCCUUUACAUCGCAAUUUCUCUGUCUCGCGAGGCUGUUCUGUUCUGGGGCUCUCUCCAUGCCUCCUGGAAGAUCCACGAUCGCCUUCUCAAGGCUGUCAUGCAUGCCAAAUUCCGCUUCUUUGAUUCCACUCCUCUUGGCCAACUCAUGAAUCGGUUCUCCAAGGAUAUUGAGUCUGUCGACCAGGAAGUUGCUCCCGUUGCCAUCGGCAUGCUUCACAGUCUGGCCUCGGUUAUCAUGAUUGUCAUCCUGAUCUCCGUUAUUACCCCUGGCUUCUUGAUCGCUGGUGUGUUCAUCACACUAGUGUACACCGCACUCGGUGCUGUCUAUCUGAACUCUUCUCGUGAUCUCAAGCGUCUGGAAUCUGUGCAGCGCAGCCCCCUGUACCAGCAGUUCGGCGAGACGCUCAACGGCAUUGUCACUAUUCGUGCCUACGGUGAUGGUCCCCGUUUCAUGAUCGACAACCACCGCCGCAUCAACGCCUACAACCGGCCACACAUCUACCUUUGGGCUAGCAACCGCUGGCUCGCUCUCCGCGUGGACUGGACCGGUGCUUUGGUUUCCUUCUUCUCGGCCACCUUUGUGUUGCUGAAUGUUGGAAAGAUUGAUGCCGGUGCUGCUGGUCUUUCGCUCACCUACGCCGUUACAUUCACAGAGAACGUUCUCUGGCUUGUGCGUCUCUACUCCGAGGUUCAGCAAAACAUGAACUCCGUUGAGCGAGUGAGAGAGUAUCUCGAAGUGGACCAGGAGGCAGCCGCUGUCAUUCCUAAGUCCAGACCUGCCGCUGGUUGGCCCAGCCAGGGUGCGGUGGAGUUCAACGGCUAUAGCACCCGGUACCGCCCUGAUUUGGACCCGGUGCUCAAGGAAGUUUCUUUCUCCGUCAAGGCCGGCGAGAAGGUUGGUAUUGUCGGUCGCACAGGUGCCGGAAAGAGUUCGCUCGCACUGGCUCUCUUCCGCGGUCUCGAAGCAGAGAAGGGACAGAUUCUGAUUGACGGUGUUGACAUCGGUUCGAUUGGACUGCGCGACCUGCGUGAGGCAAUCACCAUCGUGCCCCAAGAUCCAACUCUAUUCACCGGCACGCUCCGCAGCAAUCUGGAUCCCUUUGGCCUCUUCAGCGACGAGGAAAUCUUCACAGCCCUCCGCCGUGUCCAUCUAAUUGGAUCUAGCUCCUCGGGCACCGCAACCCCUGCAACAUCUAGCACCAUCGCAGCAACAGAAGCCAAUGGCGAAAACGGCAGCGUCGUCGACAACAAGAACAUCUUCCACACCCUGGACAGCCUAGUCUCGGAGUCGGGCUCAAACCUCUCCCAAGGCCAGCGCCAACUCCUCUGCCUUGCUCGUGCUCUACUCAAGAGCCCCCGCGUCUUGAUGAUGGACGAGGCGACCGCCUCCAUCGACUACGCGACAGACGCCAAGAUCCAAGAGACCCUGCGCGAACUCCGCGACAGCACAAUCAUCACCAUCGCCCAUCGUCUGCAAACAAUCAUCGACUACGACAAGGUCCUGGUCCUCGACCACGGCCGCGUCAUCGAGUUCGACCACCCCUGGGAGCUGAUCAACAAGGAAGAUGGUCUGUUCCGCGGAAUGUGCGAUAACAGCGGCAACAUGGACGUUCUUCUGGAUGGUGCGAAGCGCGCGUGGUCUCAGAAGCGUCUUGUCGACGACUCUUAA